UUCAAUCUAUCAGAUCCUUUAAGCUUUACUUGUUUUGGUUGUCAAUGGCAUCUCAACUCAAGUCAUUGUUUUGGAUGCUGCUUAUUUUCUUGCUGCUAUCAAACUUGCAACAACAUUGUAAUGCAGUUGGAGAUCCACAAGUACCUUGUCUCUACGUGUUCGGGGAAUCCUUGUCGGAUGAUGGGAACAACAACAAUCGUUUGACAUUGACAAAAGCCAAUUAUUUACCCUAUGGGGUUGAUUUCCCCAAGGGGCCUACGGGAAGGUUUUCCAACGGUCGGAACAUGCUCGAUGUCCUUGCUCAAAAUCUGGGAUUCGAUGAAUACAUCCCACCCUUUGCUACUGCUAGAGGCGAGGAAAUACUGAGAGGUGUCAAUUACGCAUCUGGUUCAGCUGGAAUUCGCUAUGAAACUGGAAGAAUCUACGGUGAUAUAAUAAGCAUGGAUAUGCAGUUGAAAAAUUACCAAAUUACGUUGUCGCAGAUCAACAAGACGUUGGGAAAUCGAAACAUGUCAACCGUAGAGUACCUAAGCAAGUGCAUAUUCUCUGUUGCAAUAGGUACUAACGACUACAUUGACAACUACUUUUUUCCGCAGUACUACACUACUAGCCGCAUAUACACUCCACAACAAUAUGCUGUUGUUCUCAAUCAACAAUUAUCUCAGCAGUUACAGACUUUGUACAAGUCUGGGGCAAGGAAAUUUGCCCUUUUUGGGCUGGCUGCGUUAGGUAAUAUUCCAUUUGAACGGAGUUCAUGUGGAAGUGGAAGCAAUGGCUCUGCAUGUGUGGACAACAUCAACAAUGCAACCCAACUUUUCAACGUUGGGCUUAAAUCACUCGUGGCUCAACUCAAUACCAAUCUAACCAAUGCUACUUUCAUCUUCAUAAAUGUUUCUGGAAUUGAGUCCAGCCCACCUAUAGCUUCCAAGGUUGCGAAUGUUUCCUGCUGUGAAACAUUGCUAAAUUUAAUAUGCGUUCCAUUUGGAAAGAUAUGCAGUAAUCGGACCAACUAUAAAUAUUGGGACGGAAUCCAUCCGACUGACGCCGUAUAUGCGGUGUAUGGCGAAAGAGCAUACAAAGCCCAGUCUCCAAGUGAUGUUUAUCCGUUUGACGUCAACCAACUCGCACAAGUGUAGGAUAUGGGAAGAGAGGAUUUUUAUGUCAAGUCUAUAAUAUAAUAAUACAUUGCUUGGAUUUGUGUUCCAAGUGCCUCGAAUCUAUUACGUACUCUUAAUAAAGCAAUAAAGUUUACAGAAAUUAUCUUUUUUA